AUUCGAUAUUCAAAGGUGAUAAAUCGACAAGUUCGGAAGAAUGGUUCAACCAGAGAUAAGGAGCGUAUUCUCCACCGGUGGAAACACGCGUGUUGGGUACUCCAAAGCUGGAGAUAAGCUGAUCGUUGCUGGUUCUCAUGGUGUUGUGAGGGUGUAUGAAACUGAACACGACGAUGUUGAGCCAGACACGUUCGACAUUGUAGAUGAAGUAUCCAACAUCGCAGUCUCUGGUGGUGAUAAGUUUGCGCUUGCUUCAAAGAUCGGUGAAGUUGAGCUGUAUUCAAUCUCAGGGAAGAAGAGCUUGAGCAAGAUUGUCAGAAGUGCGUUGCCAAUUAGAGGUGUUCAAUUCACCCACGGUGAUACCAAGUUGAUCGCUGCUGGGGACGAUGAUGAGGUCCAGAUCGUCGAUGUGAACGACAUCACACAGAUCAUCAAGUUCAAAGUCGAAGACCAGGUGCACGACAUAUCGUAUAACAAGACGAGAGACUUGGUUGCACUGUCGUUGUCCAACGGUGCUAUUGCGUUCUUCUCUCUGUCGUCUGAGGAGCCGAGAUUGAUCACUUCAAUCAAGGGAGAAAUCCCAUCUUUGAUAUAUCAGGAUGACGAUGAGACAACCGUGGAUAAUUUUGCCACUGGUCGAGUUGCAUGGCACCCAAACGGCUCGCUAUUUGCUGUUCCAUGUGAGAAUGGAUCCAUAAAGGUGUUUGAUAGCGACGAGAAUUACGGACAAGUGUACUCAUUUGUUAGCUUACACAAAGCACCAAUCACAGCGUUGGAAUGGAGUGCAGAUGGCUCGUUCUUAGCAUCAGCAGAUUUUGACAAUAGGCUGAUUGUUUGGGAUCCAGAUUCAAGACAACCAGAGCUUGACGAACAAUUGCCCAAUAAGAUCAUCAACUUAUCAUGGUCUCCUGUCUCUAAUGGUAAGCUUGAUCUAGCUGCUGGGUCAUUGAAAGGUGAUAUCUUUUAUUUCAAGGAGAUUGUUGAACUGAAACAGAAGCAGAACCAAAGGGCAAACACUUCCGUACUGGAUGAUCUUGUUGCUGAUGAGGAAGAGGGAGACCAAGGAUCAGAUGGAGAUGAAGAAGACGAUAUAAAUCUCUUUAGCGAGAGAUCAAACGAUGGGCCUGACACUGGCGAGGACCUCAGAGACUUUGUUGAUGAUGACGGAUUCAUCGACGCAGAUGACGAUGCAGAUGGAUAUGCCAUUCCACGAAAGAGAACAGCAGAUGACGAUGAAGACGAUCUAUCAUCAAGACCAAGGAAAAGUGCACCAAAGGUAUCGUUUGGCGUACCAGCCUUGAGAAAGGUUGAUUUCAAACCGUACAGCCAAGGGUGUACACCAUACAUUGGAGAUAGACGAUAUUUAACGAUGAACUCUGUUGGAUACGUAUCCACUGUUAAACAGGACACUCACAACUCCAUAACGGUAUCGUUCUUCGACACCUCUGAACACAGGGAGUACCACUUUGAUGACUUGUACGGAUAUGACCUUGCGGCCUUGAACAAUGAUGGUAUUCUACUAGGAUUCUCUGGCAAGGGCAAAGAGGCUAGCAGGGUCCUUUACAGACCACAUAACAACGUUGCAGAUUCAUGGGAGAAAAUCAUACCUACAAAGGCCAAAGAGAUAUUGACUUCUGUAUCUCUGAGUGACACUGUCGUCGUUGUAUGCUCAUCGGCUGGUUACAUCAGAUCCUUCUCGCUCUUUGGAAUUGCACAAUCGAUUUAUAAGUCAUCGCCAAUCAUUGCAUCUGCAACGAACUCCAAUUACAUCUUCUCUGUGUCCUUGUCCAAUCAAACGCAGUUGAUCUACAACCUGCAAGAUUUAGAAGGCAGGUUUCUACAAAGAGAUCUGGUGUUACCUGUGGAAUUGGGCUCUAGCUUGGACUUCUUCAGAGGAGUGUUUUUCAGCGCAUACGGCGACCCUGUAAUUGUUGAUAAUGAUGGUGUUGUCUUGGUACUUUCAAGCUGGCGUAAUCCAUUGCAGGCAAGGUGGGUCCCAGUGCUGGAUUCCGAUGUUAGGGUGCGCCAAGUUGGUGGUAAGGGUGACUUGAAAGUCUGGCCACUGGGCCUUCAAGGUGAUAACUUGAACUGUAUUAUCAUCAGAGGAUCGCAGUACCCAACCUAUCCCCUGGCAUUACCUUCAGAGAUGGAGAUUAGAAUACCAAUGACACAGGAUACAGAGGAGGACGUUGAAGACCCUGAGGAGGAGUUCCUCAGAGCCAAGACGAUGGGCUCAUUACUCGGCGAGACGUUGGCCAAUGAUGGUGAAAGCUUUGAAAAUGACGAGGAGAGGCUCAACGAAUACGCAAUUGCUUACGACAGGGCAUUGUUGAAGCUCUUUGUCAAGGCAUGUUCCGAGGAGAAGAGCACGCACGCUUGGAAACUGGUACAGGAUUUGAAGGAGGAUAAGGCUUUGGUGGCUGGUGCCAAGGUUGCUGAGCGUGUUGGCCUCAUUGCUCUAGUGAACCGUAUCAAUAAGCUCAGAGAACAGAGAAUGGAGGCCGAAUUGUUGGAAUAGAACACCGCUUAAUAUGAACAGAGAGAAUGGCAGUUCCGGACUCACCUAGCAGUCGUGCUACCGUCUUGCACAAUAGCUGAGCAUCAGUGAAAUAUACAAUUGAGGAUUCAUACAAGGCCCAUGUACCCUUAGAUACACCGUGUCCUGAGUUAUCCAACCAGUAUC